CAGUGGCCCACAGCUCAUCCUAGGAGAAGUUUUGUUUACUUCCGGGUUGUUCGAGUCGAAAACAACAGAGGGGUACCAACACGCCCAUAGGCGCGGAGCAAAGCGGAUUAAAAUACCGCAGAGAUGGCAGGCGAAGCUGAAGAUGACAUUCCGGAAUCGGGGGCAGUUUUCACUUUUGGAAAGAGCAAGUUCGCUGACAACAUUCCAAGUAAAUUUUGGCUUAAAAAUGACAUCCCACUCAGAAUAGCGUGUGGCGAUGAGCACACCGCCUUAAUAACAGAAAAUGGGAAGCUCUUCAUGUUUGGUAGCAACAACUGGGGCCAGCUCGGCCUUGGCUCCAAAGUGACCGUCAACAAGCCCACCUGUGUCAAAGCCCUGAAGUCUGAGAAAGUUCAACUGGUGGCUUGCGGGAGAAACCACACGCUUAUCUGCACAGCCAAGGGGAAGGUGUAUGCCUCAGGUGGGAACAGCGAGGGUCAGCUGGGGCUUGGAGACUGCGAAGAGAGGACGUCCUUCAAGAGACUUGAUUUUUUUGAUUCACAGGGACCAAUCAAGAUGCUUGCUGCGGGUUCGAACACCUCAGCAGCUCUCACCGUGAGCGGUAAACUGUUUAUGUGGGGUGAUAACACAGAGGGUCAGAUUGGUUUGGGUAAGGAGAGUCAGGUGUCGUCACCCCAGGAAGUCAGUGUGGGCCAACCAAUCAGCUGGGUCUCCUGCGGGUACUACCACUCGGCUUUAGUGACAGUGGAUGGCGCUCUGUACACAUUUGGCGAACGGGACAGCGGGAAACUGGGUCUGGGCACCCACCAGCUUCCAGGACACCGAGUGCCUCAGCUGGUGAAGAGCAUCAAGGAGCCAGUGAGGCAGGUGGCCUGCGGGGGUGGACAUACAGUGGCACUUGCAGAGGGAAAUGUGUACACGUUCGGCCUCGGUCAGUUCGGACAGCUCGGCCACGGGACAUUCAUCUUUGAGUCCCGGGUGCCGCGUUUGGUUGAGCACUUCAAGAAGGGACGAGCCUGUCAGGUGGUCUGUGGAGAAAACCACACCGCUGUCAUUACGGAAGACGGCUUGCUAUACACGUUUGGAGAUGGCAGACAUGGAAAACUUGGUCUGGGGGAGGAAAACUUCACUAACCAAUUUAAACCAACGCUAUGCCUGCGAUUCCUGAAGUAUAAUGUUCAGGGAGCGAUGUGCGGCGGAUGUCACAUGGUGGUGCUGGCUCGGCCGAGGGCCCGGGGGGCCGGUGAGAUCACGCUGGAGGACAACGAUGUGACGGAAGAUUUCCUGGAGAAACCAUACGUGGAGCUGCAGGGUAACACAGUUGACUCAUCUACGCUGCAGAGGAGCCUCUCAGCCCGGGUUCGCAGGAGGGAGAGGGAGCGAUCUCCAGACCAGUUUGGCACCAUGUUCCGCACACUGCCCGCCAUGACACCGGGUAACCUCCUCCCGCCACUGACCGUCUCCAGCCAGACCAUACCACCACGACUGGCCCCACCUGAGGUGAUCCACGGAAAGGUGCUCAAUGGCACUUACCAACACAGGAACGAGGGGUCGAUCCACCAGGAGCUGGCAGGUGGGGAGACAGACAGUGUUGUAGAAAGUCUGACAGACACUGACAGCGUGAGAGGUCUUGGAGAAACCAGAGACUUCCUGAACAUGACUCAUGUGAUGAAGAUAGACCCCAGUGAUAAAACACUCACGCUGUCUCCAGUUCAAAAGAGGAAGGGUAAGAAUGGUAAGGCUAUAAAAGAACAGGGUCAAAGAAAGCAGAGAAAGCUCUCAGAGCAGAGCAGUUUCUCUUCCACUUCGCUGUCUUGUAAGAGUGAGGCUGCCUCUUCUCUCCGGGCGUUACCCACUGAGCUCCUGAGGAGUCGUAGCACUCGUACUCAGGGCCCGCAGAGGCCCCAGAGACAUCAGAAAAGCAACCAGAACAAGGCGAAUCUGAUCUUGGCUGUAGAGGAGUUGCAGGAGAAGCCCAGUACAAACAAACCUACAAGCAUCAGGGACAUAAAUAAGGCAGCAUCCAAAGAACAACAAAUGCAAGUUCACAGUAAAAGCCAGGUGAUAGGGGUUCGCAGGAAGCUGGCAGCAGACUCAAAACAAAGUCCAGAAAUUAUGAAGAAAAGAUUAGAUUUCAACUCUAAAUCUGCUAAAGUUGAGAAAGUGGAGUCUAAGCCUGUGAGGGUUAAAGGCACACCCACAGGAAUCAGUUCGCCAGGUAAACUCAGUCAUACAGACUCAGCAAGCUUUCACCUGAGUGACACUUUGGAUGAAGAGAGCAUAGUGGGCUCUCAGCAGGUUUCUGAGGUGAAAAAAACUCCCAAAUCUAAAGAGAAGAAAACAGAUUUGUCUAAGAAAAACAAGAAUGAAAAAAACAUGAAAGACGCUCAAAUCAAAAGAGGGUCAGAGGUUCAGAAAAAGUCAACAGAUCUCAGCCUGGUUGUUGGAGCUGCUUCACUCGCCGCAGGAGCAGCUUUGAUCCAAGCUGGAAGACGAUUAAGCUCCACAUCCCUUUCUGAGAACAGCUGUGCUGUACUUAAAGAGAGUGUGACUAAAUCACUGAGUGAGGAAUCUGAAUCUUACGCUGCCAAUUUUAGCCACAAAUCUGCUGUCAGCAUCAACAUCAUACCCGCACCUGAAAGUCCUGAAAUGAGGACAAUCUCAGAUCAAAGUGAACAGAUGGACUCUGCCGCAAUCAAAGAGGAAGAGGAGGAUAAUGAGGAAGCGGUUGAAGAGGAAGAAGGGCAGACAGAUGCAGAAGUAAGCGAGGAAGAGGAGGAUGUUAGUCACAUUAUUAAGAAAGUGGCAGAGAACGCUGAGGAUGAAAAAGAGAGUGACACUCUUCAAUCUGGAGAGAAGUCAGACAGCGAUGUAGAUGAGGAGGAGGAUGAGAGCAAUGUUGUGGUAGAAGAUGAAGAAGAGGAGGAGGAAAAGAGUGGAGUAACAGAAAGUGAAAGCAAAGCAGAGACUGAAGAGAAAGACAGAAACGGAGGGGUUGUAGAAGAAGAGGAGGCGGAGGAAGAGGAAAGUGAGGAAGGGUCAAGUCACGAAACAGAGAGCAAACGUGGAGAUACUGAAAGUGACUUGGAAGAAGGGGACGAGGAAGAAGAAGGGAGUUUGGAGAGUGAGGGUGAAGAAGAGGAGGUUGAAAGUGAGUCUGUGAGGUCUUCAGAGAGAGAAGAAAGUGAGGAAGAGAGGGAGACCGAAGAAGGAGAAGAUGAAAAAGAGGAGGAAGAAAAGGGUAGUGCUGAAGAAGUAGAAGAGAGUAGUGAAGAGGAAAACAGUGAAAUUGAGGAAGAAGAGGAGGAGGAACAAAGUGGGGAAAAGGAGGAAGAGACAGAGGAUGAGGAGGAGGAAGAAGAAAAAGAAGAGGAUGAACAAAGUGAGGAAAAGGAGGAAGAGACAGAGGAUGAAGAGGAGGCAGAAGAAAAAGAAGAGGAAGAAAGUGAGGAAAAGGAGGAAGAGACAGAGGAUGAGGAGGAGGAAGAAGAAGAAGGAGAAGAGGAGGAAGAAAGUGAGGAAAAGGAGGCUGAAGCGGAAGAUGAGGAGGACCAGAGUGAGGAAGAAGAAGAACAGGAAGAAGAAGAAGAGGAAGAGAAGGAAGAUGAAGAAGAAGAAGAAGAAGAGGAGAAGGCUGUCAAAAAGAAAAGGUCUGCUGAAGUGAAAAGAAUAAGUGCUAAAUCAGCAACUAGAAGCAAACUAAGGUUAGGAGUCAAAGGUCAGGCGGCAGGAAAAGGGCACGAUCAAAGCUUGAUACAGAACGUCACUGUGCGCCUUCAAACAUCAAACCGAUUUGAGGCUAAACAGUAACACAUGAGAGGAAAUCCAAUUCGUAAUCACCAGAGCAUGCGCCAUGAAUAAUUACGGGUUUAAGUUCGGGCCUGUCGUUUAUUUGGAGCAACACCAGGACGAGUGCAGGUGUCCAUGAGUUGUGGUUGCAUUAUUUCUGCAUCUAGGUAGUGCUAUAAAGGAGGGGUAAUUUCAAAUGCAGCAUUUCUACCAACAAACAUCAGGAAACACAAACUGUUUGUGUCUACAGUUUGUCACAGUGUGUUGUUAGCCAAAGGUCCAGACACUAUAUUUCACAGGGAGAGAAAAGAAAGAGCUAAAUUCACUAAACGAUGGAAAUAGAUAGGAAGUCAGGAGGUUAUAUUUAUAAGUACGGACUGCUCAGUGGUAUUUGAAAAAUUUGUUUUUCCAUAUUGUGAAGCAUGCUGCAAAGCAAACUACGGUAGAUUAUCUGUGUUAGUUAAAGGUUGCAUUAAAAUAAUCUAGUGCAGGAUCUGAGAAGCUGCAUGCUGACUUACCCUGACCUCCGUUAGACUGCUGUUGUUCUGAUGGGCAGCAGAAAAAUGCAGGGAGAUAUUAAUGGUUUCCUUGUUAUGAAUUUGAAGUUAAGUUGAUGAAGUUUAGAUUCAUUCACUGAAUUCCACCUCCAUAUUGUUUAGUAUAGAGACAGCAUAAACAGUGCUGACAGCAAAGAACAGGGCAACUCAUAAAAUGCCUUCUUACAUUUGUUGAAUUCAGUUGUGCAACUCCACAGAAAAAAUCGCUAGUAGAAACGUCCUUCAAAGAGCUACUUUUUACUUUCUUACUUUGACUACAUUUCAUAGCCAGUACUUUUUCACUUUUACUUGAGUAAAGAAGUUAAAUCAGUACUUAAGUACAGAAUGUUUGUCCUUUUACCACCUCUGGAAUACACAAGCUUCUUUGUGUUUAUCUGAAUUUUAUGUUUUCAUUCUGAAACAGCUGGAACAUUUGCAUGUACUGUGCCUUUCCCUCUUACAUGUUAACCACAACAUCUUUUUGAUUUCAUAUAUUAUGAAUGUGUUUCUUUAUAGCUUUCUGAACCCUUUCUCUCAUAACGUUGUGGUGUUUUGGGCUGCUCUUGUAUUUCCAUCCAGCCUUUUGCUUUUGGUUUACAGCAAUGCUUACUCAUGUUUGUCUUAAGUAUUGAUUUAAAUGCUUUUUGGUUUACUUGUAUUUCCUUGGAAGCCUUUUCUUUUUGCUUCUGCUUCUGCUCAGUUAUACAUGGCUCUUGCAACCAGAAUUCUCUGAAUUUCCAGUAAUAUGACUGGAAAUUCAGAGUACCCAAAUAUUCUUCAAACCUUCAGCCUUAAUCUUUGUCUUGCUCACAUUUAAAUAUUUUAUCUGGAAUUAUUUAUGUUGCUAUUUCUAUUAAUUUGUAUUUGUAAUAAAUAUUUGUGUUGCAUUACAUUGUGGGUGUUUUUUUUUUUUUUUUGUAUUAGGACAUAGGACAUUUGUUAAAGUAGUUCUUAAUGAUACUUAAUAGUCACAAUUGUUUGUGUAGAUUCACUUCUAAACAAGAUUGUAUUAGUUAUUUAGACCAGGCUGACAUCUGCUUCUGCUUCCAUUUCAUACUUAAUUGCAUGCCAAAAUCUUUCAUUUUUGUAAAUGUAAGUUUCUUCUGAGAAAUUAAAAAAAAAACCUCAAAAAAACAAUCUCAGUGGAAAAAAGGCAAAAUUAUAUGAAUGUUAACCAUUAGACUGUUGUAUUUAUUGUAUCCAGUAUGUCUUGCCCUGUUAUAUAAUGCCUGGAAAAGACUACAGUGAAUCAUGUGGCUUUUUUCUUUCUCUUUCUCUUGUUUUUAAGGCACUACACAACUCUCCAGCUGACACAGCUGAUAAAUAGGAUGGUAUCGUGAACCUUAAUUGAUACUACGAUAUACUAUUAAGUAUAUCGUGUUUGAGUGUUAUUUAAAAGAGAUUUCACUUGAUUUUUUUUUUUAUUUAUUUUUUUGAAGGACGUCUUUCUACUGAAACACAUUUUAUACGAUUUUUGGUGGAAAUAGUAGGGGUUCUAAACAGGUUCUUUGUGGGACACCAUGUUCAUUACUUGUAAGUUAGGUUAAGGACAAUCACGUAUGCAGAUAAUACCUGAUUAGCAAGGUCAGUGGGAGCUUUAUAGUUUAUUUGAAAGAUAAUAAAUAAAUAAAAUUAAUUUAGAAUAAAGUCACUCAAGUACUUUGAAUACACAUCGAAUAUUUAAUUUAUUUUAUUUAGUCUCUCGCUACUUUAUUCUUUUUUCAAAUUUUGGGGGGAUUCAAGCAGUAUAUCAUUAAAUAGACAAAAAUUGAGAAACAACUGUCAUGACUCUGCAGGGCACAAAAGCCCACCUAUUAAGAGGUAGAUUUUUUUUUUUUUCUUCGGGAGGUAGCCGAGACCAAAAGCUGAGCUAAUGAAGAGGAAACAUUUGACUUGAUGAUGCAAAUAUUUAACUGAAUUAUAAGAAAAUCUGCCUUUUUCAGCCUCAACUGUCAAAAAUAUCACAGUGGACACUGACAAACUCACUUUGUCAGUAAGAUGCCAGACUGGUGUUUUGUGUCUAGCAUAUUUCAAGAAGAUGAUGAUCUGAGGAAAAUCUGUUCCUCUGUUUCAGUGUCUGUUUGAUGUGUUCAGGAUAAGAUAAGGUUUGACUUGUUUUCGUCUAGUGAUGAUGCUGUUGUAGUGUAGUGUAAUACGUUUAAUUCUAGCAUCACUAUAGUCUUUUCUAAUCAUUCCUUGCUUGUCAGUUAAUUCAGCUGGCAGAGCUUAUAUUUUAUUAUGUAUAGUAAAAACAUUAGCAUCAAACUAGAAAGUACAUAUUUUUCAUGUCCUUUACUUGUUCUUUAUUUUAAAGAACAAAGGAAAGGACAAGAUCAGAAAAAAAUGCUUUCCAUUCAUUGCAAAUUGAAAGCAGUUUUUUUUUUUUCUUCAACUUAAAUAAACUCAUGCCUUUGUCUUGUUGUUAUUGGAUUCUGCUAAUAUUAACCAAGCAAGGCCUCAGUCACACAGACCUAGGGACUGGUCAGAUACCCACUUGUAGCCACAGGUCCUGGAAAAAGGUGAACUCCACAACCAGGUGGUGAGUGGUAUCUAGAGGUUGCUGGCAGUGUUGGAUCAAAAACCUUGUGAUUGCUUUUGUCACUUGUGAGUUAUGGUGAUCACCAGUAAUUUCCAGGGAAGAUGCCAAGUUGUGUGCAAACACUUGCAAACCAGUCCCAAAGCAAUAGUAAAACUGUAAAAAAAAGUAUUACAUAAACCAGAUAGCGAGACCGUUGCCAUGGUAAAGCACAACUUUUUUCCUUUGAAGGUGAAUGGUCUGCAUUUCUGGUUUGUGUCACACACUUGACAGUUUCACUACCACUCAGCAAAUAGUUGGUGAUUGACCAAUUAAUGUCUUCUUUGGUGUCUUCCUUGCAAUCUGCAGGUGAUCUGCUAGCAGCUAAAACAAUGACAAGGGUGUUUUCAUGGCAGCACAUACUGACUUUUCCGUAGCAACCAGAAGUUGUGAGAGAAUCACCAACGAAUCUCUAGGCCUAUGUGGCUGAGGCCUAAAACUGCUUAUGACUAAAUAUUUUUCAUGUCCUUAAUGCUCCUGU